AUUCGCCGACUUCCGAGCACAUUUCGUGCAUGCCCCGCGCUGUUACACCGAUGAAGCAGUUCACGUACGAAGUAGAAGGCAGCGCUACCGCCAGACACGGAGCGAUCCGGAUGGGUCAAGUCAAAAGCGGCUUCACGUCGGAUAUGACGCUGUACAAGAAUCUGACCGAGUUCCGUCGCAAGUUCGACCCAGAGGGAACUAACAAACUCUUCGGCUGGAGGAAGACCGACCCAGUCACGGGCAAACCCGGCGCUUACGAGUGGGUGACGCUCAACGACUUCCUGCCGGUCGUGGAGGCCGCAGCGUCGGGUAUGAGCCACAUGCUCAAGCUGCAGCGAGGAGCCAUCGUCGGCGUUUUCUCUAAGAACUGCUACCAAUGGUCCAUCGUCGAGCACAGUGUCAGCCGUAUGGCGUAUACUUUAGUGCCGCUGUACGAUACAUUGGGAGCUACUGCCAUCCCGUUCAUCCUCAACCACACGGAGAUGAGUAUCGUCUUCUGUGGUAAGGAACAGUUCAAAGUCCUCAUGGGCGUAUUGCAUGAAUGUGCAAGUAUUAAGACGGUAGUGCGACUUGAGGAUGAAAUCGAUGAAGAGGAGACGAUCUUAGCGGAGCAGCACAAGAUCAAGCUCAUAACGUUAAGUCAAUUGAUCGAGGACGGCAAAAGGAACGUCGUGCGUGCUGAUCCUCCGCUUCCGAGCGACUUGGCCACGAUCUGCUACACGUCCGGAACUACCGGGAACCCCAAGGGAGCGAUGCUCACUCACGCCAACAUGAUGGCGGCAGCAGCGUGUGCUCUGGAGUUCACGCUGCUGCUCCCGACGGAUAUUCAUCUAUCGUAUUUGCCACUGGCGCACUGCUUUGAGCGUGUGAUCCAGACGACGUGUAUCUACAACGGGGCUGCCGUUGGAUACUAUUCCGGCGAUGUCAAGCUGCUUAUGGACGAUCUGGGAGAGCUAAAACCCACAGUGUUUCCCUCAGUGCCCCGGUUAUUGAAUCGGAUUCACGACAAGAUCACACAUGGAGCAGCAGCAGCUGGAGGCAUCAAGAAGUGGCUGUUUGACACAGCGUAUGCCUCCAAGAAGUAUUACCUGAAAGAUGGCUACAAAACGCACAUGUUCUGGGACCUUUUAGUCUUUAGUAAGGCUCAGAAAGCUCUCGGUGGACGUGUGCGUCGUAUGAUGAACGGCUCUGCGCCAUUGUCGAAGGACGUGAAGGAGUUCUGUCAGAUUGUGUUCGGCGCCACGAUGCUGGAGGGAUACGGAUUGACGGAAACGGGGGCCGUGAUCUCCUGUUCAACCGAUGAGAUCCCUCCAGGUGACCACAUUGGUAUUCCGCUUGGCAACGUACAGAUCUGCCUGGAAGAUGUACCGGAGAUGAACUAUACCAGUCAGGAUAAACCCUGUCCUCGAGGUGAGAUCUUGAUGAAAGGUGACAAUCUCUUCGUCGGAUACUACAAGCAGCCUGACCUCACAAAGGAGGUUAUUGAUGAGGACGGCUGGCUGCAUACGGGGGAUGUCGGCUGCUGGAAUCCGGACGGUACGUUGCGUAUUAUUGACCGCAAGAAGAACAUCUUUAAGCUCUCGCAAGGCGAGUAUGUGGCUCCGGAAAAGAUCGAGGGUAUCUACAUUAAGAGUGCUUUGAUCGCACAGGCGUUCGUGCACGGCGACUCGAUGAAGAACUACCUUGUGGGUAUUAUCGUUCCUGAUGCCGAGAUGGUGGACAAAUGGGCGAAGGAUAAAAGUCUCAAGGCCUCCUUUGAGGAGCUAUGUAACGCAGAGUCCCCCGCUGGAGCCGACUUGAAAGCUGAUAUCGCUCUAGAGAUGGAGCGACUAGCAACCGACUACAAACUCUUUGGCUUCGAGAGAGUGAAGAAAUUUCACGUGCACUCGGAGCAAUUCACACCCGAGAACGAGUUCGCCACGCCAACGUUCAAGCUCAAACGACAAACCAUUGUCAAGCAUUUUCGUAACCAGCUCGAAAGUAUGUACACCGAGUAAGCAAGGGCUUCAACGCGGUAGAGGUUGAAAGAUGAUCUUUAGGC